AUGGAAGACGAGGGAGUUCCGAAAUGUCCUCAGCCGACGAAAGUCUCUACGGGGUCGAAGAAGACGGAAGGAGAACAGCAAGAGACUGAGACCUUGCCGAAAUUGAGCCCGCAGGAAUUCAGACAAUUCAACCACAUGAGCGAGCAUAUGGAUAUGUUUCACGAAAACUUCCGCCGCACCUGGAACACGCUCUACAGCGCGGCCUCCUCCAACAAACGCCCCCAAGGAAUGUCCAUCAAACAAUUCCUCAACACCAUCCAGCAAUUCACGCACCACCUCACGAUCCACCACACCAUCGAGGAGCAGCACAUCUUCCCGGUGCUCGCGAAGCGGAUGGAUGUGUUCAAGGAAAAUGGGGGCAGGCAUUUGGAGCAGCAUAAGGGGAUUCAUGAGGGGAUUGAGCGGUUGGAGGAGUAUGUGGAUGGGGUGAGGGGCGGCGAGAGGGAGUUGGAGUUGAGGGAGUUGAAGCGGGUCAUGGAUUCUUUUGGGGAGGUGUUGUGGACGCAUUUGGAUGAGGAGGUUAGGACGCUGGGGGCGGAGAAUAUGAGGAGGUAUUGGAGUUUGGAUGAGAUGAGGAGGAUGCCGAUGUAG